AUGGAGGACAUUUUGCUUCACACGUUCGGAUAUUUGAAUGCAAAUGAUCUCAUGAGGUGUCGGAAUGUUUGUCAACUUUGGCGGCGAUUGGCUUCAAAAACGUUCGCUCGCCGACGAAUUUUGAAUUUUGAAACAGAUUUUCAAAAAAGUAUAUCAGAUCCUCUAGCCGUAUCAAGUAUAAUAGAGUUGUAUGGACGAAAUCUAGAAGAACUCCAUCUGACAGCCGUCACAGAUAUAAAGAACUAUAGUAUUGAUGUACCUUCAACGAGUCCUUAUCACUUAACACGUCAUAUUAUCGAAUCUAUUUGUCUUAACUGCCCAAAAAUUAGGAAAAUCUAUAUAAAUAGAAUGAUCGUAACACUCACAGCUAUUGGGAAGAUGAUCCACUUGCCGUCGACCUUAGAGAUAUUUUCAAUUGAAACAUGUCAGCUACCAAGUUCAUCGGACUGUCGACCCAUAAUCGAGAGGAGUUUAAGCAUAUUUUUGAGAAAAAUGGAAAAUAUGCAGGAAUUUCAUCUGCUGGGAGAUUUUGGAUACAAAUUGGAACUGUCAUCUAGUAUUUUGGAACAUUUACCGAGUUCUAUCAAGAAGUUGUCAAUUUCGGGUGCUUUAAUGAGAUUGGAAGAAAUGAACUUUUUGGAAAAAAAGAAAAUUACAUCGUUGACGUUGAACUAUUUGCUGGACAAUCUGUCACAGUUAGAUUCAGUGAGGGAUUCCUUAGAGUAUCUAGAUAUAUCUAAAGCUACGUACAUCAGGGAUUAUCAAUCAAUAGCUUUUCUUUAUAAUCUUAGAGAAUUACAUAUGAAUGAGACAGACGUAGACGAUGAUUGUUUAUCAAAUAUACUCAAUAAUUGUAGAAAAAUAGAAAACCUCUCUAUAUCCAAAUGCUCUCAACUGACGCUAUCGUCUCUAAACCAAUUAGGAAAUUUGAAGAAUUUGAAAACCUUGAAUAUCAGCUACUGUUGUAGAAUCCCCAAUGAGAUAGUUUAUAUUCUUAUUCAAUGUGAGAAGCUGCGUGAUUUGGAUAUCAGCCAUUGUCACAAGAUCAAGCCGGAUUAUGUGGAUAUUUUGCGUCAGAAGUUCAAUUUAAGACGACUCUGGUCGGUUUCUCACUCAAAGCUUCUGCCCUUAUCUGUACUUGAAAGAGGAAACUUGUCUCGAAGAGAAUUUAUUAUUGUAAAUCCAUUUCCUUUUCAUAACUUAACCAAUCGAUAA